AUAAUAUUUAUGGUAAACAAUCAAUCAACUUAAUUAAUAAUGUUAUUAUUGGACAUUAAUUAACAGUUUAAAAUAAUAAAUAUUUAAAAUUUCUAUUUUGAACUUUUACGGCCUUGUGCCUAGUACUACUCUUUGGUAAAAUAAUUUAAUAUAUGAUAUUAUCAAUUCUGUAUAGUGAAUAUUAUAUUCAAUUUAAACUUUAAAAACUUAAAAUCAUGUAAAAACACACAGUGAAGAAUAUCGACUAUUGAAAUUGAAAAUCGAAAAUAUUACCAGUGUAUUGAUUCACUAUACAAAUGUAUUUUAUAAUCCCAGAAAACUGAUUUCUUUAAGACUUAAUUUGAAAAAAAAAUGUCCAAUAAAGAUGAUAUAGAUUAUGAUGUAGGUAGCUAUAGAUGUGAAGGCUCAGUAGAGCAUUUUAAAUUCAGAAUAUGUUUAGAAAUAUCUCGUACUUCAUUUCACCACAAAAAUACUGAAAUUGAAAAAAAGUAUACAAAAAGAAUAGAAAAAGUAUUUCAUUGGAUGGAAAAAACAUUAGAUGAACCUCAAGAUCAAAAUGAUUUAGAAGAAACGUCAUCAUCAAUUGAAGGAAAACUUUUAGAUAGCCAUUUGAUAACCAAAUUUAAUCAACAAUAUAAUGGUCGCACAAUUCUACAUGAUGUUAUGUGUCAUGAGAAUACACUCACUGAAUCAUUUAAGAAAAUGGGCUUAAUGAAAGAUCAUAAAAAAAAUGCAUAUUUUUUUACUAAAAACGUUAUUGAUAAUUCACCAUCUGACAUUUCAAAAUUGCAAAAUAGAUUACCAAAUUUCAAUCAAAUAAUGCAUGUUCUUCUUGAUCUUGGAAAUUAUGGUACAGAAAAUGAAGAAAAUAAUCUUGUGCUAGCAUCAUUGUAUUGGAAUCCAAAUAGCCAUAUUAUGACAAUAUUUCCUGAUUUUACUACUAGCAACUGUUCAGGAUAUAUACUUCCAAUCAGUACAGUGAAAGAUUCAUGUUUUGAAUACCGAUUUUGGAUAGAAAAUCUAUCAAACGAAUCCCUAGAAUUGAUAACUGAUACUGUUAAUUUUCAUUUACUCAAAUUGGAUAACUAUGAAUUUUAUAUACCAGAGACUGAUACCAUGGAAAUAUUUGGUGAAAUAACUUCUGCUAGUGGAUUUGAAUAUGACAAUAUAUUUAUUCGUUAUUUUAUUGAUCUUCCAUCUGGAUGGAAAUGUGCAAACACCAAUUCACUCAGUGGAACUACUCAUACGUGUCGACGAAAUAACAAUAUGACAUCUAUAUUUUCAUAUUUAUUCAAUGUUACUAUUAUAUUACCAAAAGAAAUUGAUCAGCCUAAAGAUCAACCUAUUAACUCCGCAUUUAUAACGUUUAUUAUAUAUUCAAUGGAUUCAUGGAACAAGGAACGAGUUGAAGGAUAUGCAUCAUGUCAAAUUCCAAAAUUCUCUACUCCAAUGUCUUAUAGAAACAAUAUUAAAUUAGAGGCGUGGUUACCAAAAUCUAGAAAUUGUGUUGAUAAUUUGCGUAGAUAUUUCAUUGGUGGAACAGUAAAGUUAGCUGAACCUAAUUAUAUAGGUGUUCCAACAAAUUUCAAUGAAAAGUUGUUAAGUAAAUUUGGAAUGGAAACUGAACAUAGAGGUAUACUGAAUAUUACACUGACUAAUCUAAUGCAGCGUUGUAAAAGCAUUGAAAAUACUAAUAAUAUUAAUACUAGUGACAUCGUAUCUUCUCAAGCAUUAGUAAAAAGUGUCAACAAUGUAAUGGCUAGUUUCAAAAGAGCACGACAGAGAAUGCUUUUAGCUUGCCAACCAAUAUUAAGUCCUUCACAUAAUUAAUAUGUUUUUAUAAAUUAAAUUAUUAAUAAUUAUAAAACACUCAAUUUCACACAUUUGUAUUCUAGUCAAUAUUUAUAUGUCAAGAAAUUAUUAUUUGAUUAAGAAAUUAUUUAUUCUUCUUUUAUACAACUCAAAUUAUAUUUUUGUAUUUAGAUUAAUAUAAUAAGUUUGUAGUAUCUGAAUUAUAGUAGCUUUAAGGACUUUUAAUUAUUAUCAACUAUCAACUAAUACGUUUAAUUACUAGACAGUAGACAUUAUUUAUUUUUGAAAAAAUAUGUAUACAUAUUAAUAACUUUUAUAUUAUA